UGAAGAUGAUUCAGUCAUCAUGGCUCUGUGGAAGAGAAAGCUUCAGAUCUCCACCCGACGAAAACGCAAAGCCCAUUCUGAGGCUGAGAAAACAGAAGUUCUGAAUGAAGAUCUACUCCAGGCGGAGAAACGUCUGGAACUAGUUAAGCAGGUUACCCACAGCACACAUAAGAAGCUGACCGCAUGUCUGCAGGGUCAGCAGGGUGUAGAUGUGGACAAGAAGUCCGUCAGGUCACCUUCAAAGAAACUUCCUCUAACAUCACUGGCUCAAUGUUUGGUGGAUGGUGCAGCUAUAUUGGGCGAUGAUUCUCUAUUGGGUAAGAUGCUGAAGAUCUGUGGAGAGACACAGGACAAACUCGCUCAAGAACUUCUGCUGUUUGAACUCCAAACCGAGCAAGAUGUCAUCGAUCCGCUCUAUACUCUUGCUGAGAUCGAAAUUCCCAACAUUCAAAAGCAAAGAAAACAUUUAGCCAAACUGGUAUUGGACAUGGAUUCUGCUCGCGCGAGGUGGCAUCAAUCAUCCAAAUCUACUCUGUCCAAUAAAGAAACAUCAACGGGGGCCAAAGCCGACGCCCUCAGGGAGGAGAUGGAGGAGGCAGCCAAUCGCAUGGAGAUCUGUAGGGAUCAGCUUUCGGCAGACAUGUAUAGUUUCAUGGCCAAAGAAAUUGACCACGCAAACUACUUUCAAACAUUGAUAGAAGUCCAGGCAGAAUACCACAGGAAAUCUUUAGAGCUGCUCCAGAACAUCCUGCCACAGAUUAAAGCUCAACAGGAGUCAUGGGUGGAGAAGCCGUGUUAUGGGAAACCGCUGGAGGAACAUCUGUGUCUGAGCGGCAGAGAAAUUGCAUUUCCCAUUGAAGCGUGUGUGACAAUGCUGCUGGACUGUGGCCUACAGGAGGAGGGUUUGUUUAGAGUCGCUCCAUCCGCCUCUAAGCUGAAGAAAUUAAAGGCGUCAUUAGAUUGUGGCGUUCUGGACUUUCAGGAGUAUUCAGCCGAUCCUCACGCCAUCGCAGGUGCUCUGAAGUCAUACCUGCGUGAGCUGCCUGAACCUCUGCUGACCUUUGACCUGUAUGAAGAGUGGAUACAAGCGUCAAUUAUUGCAGAUCAGGACAAACGUUUGCAGGCGUUAUUAACCACCUGUGAGAAGCUGCCGAAGGCCAACAGUGACAACUUCAAGUAUUUGAUUAAAUUUCUUGCCAAGCUGAAUGAGUAUCAGGAUUAUAAUAAGAUGACAGCAGGAAACAUUGCAAUAGUCCUGGGGCCAAACCUGCUGUGGGCGAACACUGAGGGAAAUAUUACAGAGAUCAUGACCACAGUGUCACUACAGAUCGUGGGGAUCAUUGAGCCAGUUAUUCAGCAUGCUGAUUGGUUCUUCCCUGGAGAGGUUGAAUUUAAUGUUACGGGUAACUACGGCAGCCCCGUCCACACCAAUCACAACGCCAACUACAGCUCCAUGCCGUCUCCUGACUUGGACCAAUCGGAUCGCAAGGUGCAGGACCAGAACAGACGACCCCUCAGUGUUGCCACGGACAACAUGAUGCUGGAGUUCUACAAGAAAGAUGGCAUCAGGAAAAUUCAGAGUAUGGGAGUGCGAGUGAUGGACACCUCCUGGGUAUCUCGGAGAGGUUCCUCGUCGUCACGUAAGAGUUCGUCGACCCCACCCGGCGUACAGCCGCCCGUGCCGCCCACUGAUUCGCUGAACCCUGAGCAACUGGGCGAUCUCUCCACCUCCCCCUCACAGACUCCGCCCCCGAUUAGUAGUGACAGAACAAGCUCUGAUGACACGCCGCCCUAUUGGUCGGAUUCCUGUUACGCCUGCCCCUCCCCUGAGGAGGAAAGGCCUCCCCCUCCGUACCCGUUCUCUUCCUCCUUUUCGUUUUCUCACCCCUCGCCCAACCCUCGACCGGAGCCCUGCGCGCGUCCGGUCUUUCCCGAACCCGGCCCGUCUCCUCCUCCGCUGUCCGCCCGCUGGUCCGUUUACACCCCUCCUCCCGUCCUUACGUCCUCCAACUCUCUAGAUAUCAACUCCAACCCUAAACCCAGUUUCCUGCACCUGUCCAAACAGGGCUCGGUGCCUGCCGACCCCCCGCAUGCGCCGCACGUUGAUUCUACCCCCCCGCCCGUAUACAUCAAACCCCCGCUUGUGCUGCCCCGACAUGACGCCCCUCACCCUAACUUUACCCCUCACGCUGCUUCUCCACCAUGGGCCGCCGGUGUACGAGAGAGGGGACUCAGAGUCGCUAGUUCUCCUAAGACCAGAGAGCCGUCGCCUGUGAUUGGUCAAAGAGGAAUUUCACCUACAGCUCCCUCUGGUGGACAGAUUCAGUUAUCAGACCAGAGUCCUCACACACUGCGCAAAGUUUCGAAAAAAUUGACCCCCAUCCCUCCCAAGGGUCCGUUUUCUCCACCCGCCGGCGUGUCGGACCUGUCUCCCGGUCCCUCUCCCGUCAGCCUGUCCCCGACCCCUCCCAGCACUCCCUCAUCGUACGGCUUCAGUUACCCGCAGGGCGGCUCCACCCUCACCUCCCCCGGUCACGCCCACAGUCAGACGCCCAGCACUCCGUCUCUCUCCUCACCCCCUUCGCUCACAGGCACCCUUCCCAAAUCACGGCCCACUCCUAAACCGCCCCGUCAGAGACCCAACCUGCCCCCUCCGCGGCCUCCGGGUACGUCGGGUCUGAGCCCGCAGCCUCUGGAGCACCCGACGGGCCUGUUGGAUGGAUUGUCACCUGAGAGUAUGUCGACAGACUCGUUGUGUGAUCUGGAUAUUCCUGUGAUAAACGUGGAUCUGGGUGAAAUCCUGGAUGAAGGAUCUUGCUGGAACUCUGAGGUUCUGUUGGAGUCCAGCAGCAGCAGAGUGGAAUCAGAAGAAGAGUCAGAAAGCACGGCCCUAUGACACCUCUUUACCCACAAUCCAUUGCUCCCGGCCUUCAACGCACAAAUGACAUUCGGUUGUACGAUGCUACUGAUGCAUUUCCAUGUUAAUCCCAGAAAAUAUUCCCGCUGCAGCGACUGGAAAAAUCACGAGAGACUACAAAAACAGGUCAUACUACUGUACAAAAAAACAUUGCUGGUGUGGUCCUGUCUUGUUUUUUUUUUCUGUAUUUGCCUUAUUUAAGUUUUGCACUUUUUGCCUUGAACUUCUCCUAACAUUUGUUUGGGCUGUUGAACCGCUCACAAGAGAAGAUAGAAAGUCUGAAGCUUCAAGACUCCCAUCUAAAGAGAUUUGUGCAGUUGUAUGUCAGAAGAAGGGACAAUAGAUUGAGUUUGUGUUCAGAUUGUGAAAGUGCAGGAGUUUGUUAUACACAUACAUCAUGAUGGACGUCUCUGAUUCGAUUAUUCAGUUUUCAGUGUCUCAUGCCACAAAGGUUUUAUUUUUAAGGUCUAUGGGGUUGUUUCCCAGACAGUGCUGAAGUCUCAUCAAAGAGAAACAUGCUUGGUAAAUAAAAUCAGCUUGCACUGCAAUAUCUUCACAUAUAACAGCGCCAUUGUUUUGACUCAAGAUGCACUCCUGUAAUGUUUUUUUGCAAGGAAUGUUUGUAAUAUAAUAUAAUAUAACUAAGGCCUAGUCCUGGCUUAAUCUAAACCCUGUCUGGGAAACCACCCCAUCAUGUCUAAAAUAGUCAUAAAACAUCUCAUGGUUAUGUUUCAUUACAUCCAGUUGUCUUUGAACACAAGAACAUGUUAUGAGCUCUUAUCGGUCUGAUGAAGAGUAAUAAUGGUCAGUGACAGAUGCUGUACUAUAGUAAACUGAAGAGAUUUACUGUUGCACUGAAUCCUGGACUAUUUGUAGUAAUAUCAAACAUUGAUAAAUGAAAGAUAGAACAGAAAAUAUGAAAGAAUAUAAAGAAGAAAGUAAAUAAUAUUAUACUAACCUGAAGUGUUGACUGAGCAGAUGUUGAAUGUGUUCUGGAGUUUGACCACAGUGACCUUUCCAGUCAUUUGGGAUUAUUGGAUAAUUUUUUUAUUUUAAAAUAGAUGAUACGCAUGAAAAGCUCAUUUCUAUUUGAUGAUAUAUUUCACUGCUAAACAUAACUACAAAAACAUUUAUGUGCUUUUCCUUGACUCUUCAAUCAAAUAUUUAAGCUUUUGAUACCUGAAUUAUUCAUUCACAAAAACACAAUGUUUAUCACUUCAACAUUAGUAAAUAAUACAGUACUGUAUGUGAGAGAUGCACACACACACACACUAGAAGAGACUGAAUGCUGACAUUAAUGAUGUAUUGUAUGAAUGUUUUGUACUGUAAGGUACAUCAUGCAUGAGAGGGUUAAAGUGAAAUGAUAUCUCCAGGUGUUUUAUGAACGCUGUGUGUUUCUGAGCAGAUGAAGGUUUGUCCUCUGAUGUGUUUAUGUGUGAAGUAUUAGCAAGGCCAAAUGUUGCUGACAGACCUGUGUAUAUACUCUAUAGACAAACAAGAUCAAAGAUUUCUAAAGGCAUUCAUUUACGAAUUCUCUCUCUCUCUGUAUACAGACAGAUAUUAUUUUUGCUUCAGACACAAUACUUGUACAGUACAUAAUAUACUAAUAUAUGAAUAUGCUGCGGUUCUCCUGGAGGUUUGUUGAUGAAUCUUUGUGUUGGAUUCAGAGAACAGAAUUGCGACAGAGAUUAAACAAUGAAAAAGUCACAAGUUUACCUCUUAUGAUCUGAAUGUUGUGCUGGUUGUGGUGAUGCAAUGUUUUCAUGUAGAUUCAGAUCAAACACCAUUUGUAUGAUUCUGUUUGUUCAUUCUUUAAAGUCAACAUGAAACAGUGCUCAUAACCCUCGGAUGAUUUAGCAAUAUAAAGAUGAUAUUUAUUCAAAAUAAAUCAUCCAUUAAGCAUUGAAAAGUCUUUCUCGACAUGAGAGAAAUGUAAUGCUGUGGUGAUGUUGGCUGUAAAUCAAAGUCAUUUCACAGACAGUCAAGUAUUUCCCACCAAUGAAUCUUUCUUCGUUUCAUCUUGACUUUAAUGAACAGAUUUUGUGUGUGUCUGUGUGUUUUUGAAUGAGUUGUAUAACUCUUGUAUGACUGUCGGAUAUAAAUCACACCUGUAUGAGUUCAGGUGACACAUUUGUUUUGGUAAUGUAUUGGUUUGAUCGAUCAGGGUAACUGUGUAAACGGUGCAGAACCAAAAUGCAAAAGAGUCUCAAAACUCCAUCUUUCAUUUUUUACUUGAAGCGUUUUCCAGGUUUUAUUUUGCUAAUCCAUCAGAGCAGAUCUUUCAUGAUGACAGCAGAUUAUUUGAUGUGAUGCUGGUAAUCAUGUUCGUGGAUCUGAAUGUUGUUGUGUUUUCUCUACACACAUUUUGCUGUGCUGUUUUUUAUGUUUAUUGGUUAAAGCUCAAUCUGAUCCUUUAUAACUCAAUUAGAGUUUUAUCAGCACAAGCGUGUAAAAGAGAAAAAGCUGCCUUUUAAAAGUGUAUUAAAGAUGGAGAUUUCCAGCAAAAUCAGGGCCUGACAGAAUCGGCAGAUUUCUUUUAUAAUUUUCUCUGCUGAUUUUAAAGGAAACCUGCAGAAUAGAUGUAAGAAACAUCCUUCACAUUUAUGGACAGCUGAAAACAGAAACAGACAUAUUAAAGGAGAAGAAGAUGUAACUGUAGAUUCUGAGAGAUAAAGAGAGAGAGAUGUAAUGUGGAUUGUAAUUGUAAUGUGGAUCUGAUCUCUGUAAACCUGCUGCAUGCUUUGCUUUCAUUCCUUACAAUGUAUAUCAACUCCAGUCACUCUUUAUAAAUGCUGUUGUAGCUUGUUUGUCAAACAGAUAAAAACAAAUAUACACAAGCAACACAAAAUAUCCGCUGCUAUCAAAGUAACCUACUGCUUAUGUUUCCUGUACUGUCAAAUCUUAGAAACAGAAUAACAAAUAUACAGCCGACUGCAUGCGACAUCGUCCUGAUUCUCUGUUCACGCUGACAGUGAUUUUACUCUGGAGGAGGACAUACAUAACACAUCGUGCAUCAGAUUUUGUAUUGCUGUGAGUGUGCAAAGACAAAAUAUGCAGUACAAACACACGACAUCUUAAACAUCGCUGACAGCCAUCACUGAAAACAUAAAACAUCACUGUCAGUGUAAACAGCCCUAAAGAAUUCACUUUAUAUUGGAUUGAACUCAGUACCACCACAUGAAGCUCUCCAACUCUUAAAUAAGUUUGAUUCAUGUCAGCGUCUCAUAGUGAAAUAUUUAAUGAAGAUUUUUCCACCGCAUAUCUCUGUGUGUAUAUUAGUGUGGUGGGAUGUUAACUCAUGCAUGCUCUUUCAUUGUCAUGCACUUCUGUUCUGUCCGUUUAGUUUUACACUUGAACAAAUCGGGGCCAAUUAAAAAAAUGCAGACUUUUACUCAGAGAAUAAUUUUCUAUGUUUUGUUGUUUUCAUGAGGAGGUUCUGUGUGUUAAAAUGUGUUAUUAAUGGAUAACUGGAAUAAUCUGAGACCAUCAAAGUCUCAUGCAGCAUCAAGAACAUCAUCUGAAUCAGAA